AUGGAAAGCGCUUUCGUUGUUUUGCAGUUUUAUCUUUACCGACUUCGAUUUAAUGAGCACUUUGAGUGCAAUCCUGAAAAACGAUUUCUCGAUUGGUCUGGCGAAAAUUGGCGGCCAUGCAUUGGAACUAUCGAAUGCUACCUCUCCCGGCCGCAGGAAAAGAACAUUUUUCUUUGGUACAUGUAUGCGAGCUCUGGAAUCUGCGUCCUUCUCACGCUUUUUGAGCUUGGCAUAUUUUUGAAAUCAGGGCCGAAUCAAGCUGCUUACUUGCCAAAACCGACGAAGACAAAUCGAAAAUCACUGCCGCCGAAUAGACGGUUGCAGAAUAGACUUCAAGCUCGCCGGAGCGAUAUGGAAAUGGAGUCAAAUAUGGCGAAUAAAUCAAGCUGUGCUUUGACCUUGACGCCGAUCGGAAGCGACCCAGAUUCAGUGAUCGACAUGAAUUUGGACGAUGAUUUUGUUGAAAUGUAA